GAAAGGCAUGCUGGGAAACGCGAGUGGUGAAGAGCAGAUGAAAAUGCAGAUCUCCAGCUGUUCUCUCAGUCCAGCUGUGAAGAGCCGACUGACAGCAGCUGGGUUCCACUUCCUGUCUGAGCUGCGGGGGCUAAGCCCCUCCCACAUCUGUGCAGAGGCCGGAGUCUCCCAGCAGGAGGCGCUGCAGGUGCUGCAGGCAGUGAGGGGAGGAGCUUCAAGGAGGGGAGGUGCUUCAGGGGGAGGGGGAGUGGGAGGAGCUUCAGUAGGACCUUUCCCCUCCCUCACUGCGCUGCAGCUGCUUCAGGAAGAACAGUCGCAGCGCAGCAUCUUCAGCUUCUGCUCACAGCUGGACGCCACGCUGGGGGGGGGACUUCCUGUCGGGAAGACCACCGAGAUCUGUGGAGCGCCGGGAACCGGGAAGACACAACUGUGUCUGCAGCUGGCGGUGGACGUGCAGGUUCCUGUGUGUUUUGGGGGUCUCGGAGGCCAGGUGGUUGUCGUGGAUACGGAGGGCAGUUUCCUGUUGCAGCGGGUCCAGGACAUCGCCGGCGCCGUGGUGAAACACUGCGCCUUAUUAGUGGAAGACGACGAACAGCGGGUUGCUAUGACGACCUUCAGCGUGGAAACCAUCCUUUCUAACAUCUUCCUGGUAAUGAUCGGCACGGAGGCAAUGAUGUCACUCGGCUUCUCACGUGACUCUGAUCUGUCUAUCUCUCCUCAGGUGCGUUGCCAUGACUACGUGGAGCUGCUGGCCGAGCUGCACCUGCUGCCGGACUUCCUGUCGGAGCACCCGAGGGCCCGCCUCCUGGUGAUUGACAGCGUGGCGUUCCCGUUCCGGCUGCACUUUGACGAGCUGUCGCAGAGGACCCGCCUCCUCAACGGCCUUGCCCAGCAGCUCAUCGCCAUGGCAACCAGCCACAACGUCGCUAUGGUGAUUACCAAUCAGAUGACAACCAGGCUGCGGGGCGGCCAAUCACAGCUCGUCCCCGCCCUCGGGGAGAGCUGGGGCCACGCCCCCACCAUCAGACUCCUCCUACAAUGGGCGGGGACUCAACGACUAGCCACCAUCUUUAAAUCCCCUGGUCACCCCGGAGCCACCGUCCAAUACCAGAUCACCUCCGACGGGUUCAGAGAUGCCGACCAAUCAGAGCAGCCGCCCAGCAAACGACCCCGAACACACACUGUCCAAUCAGCUGCCGGACAGAGAGACAGUAACCAAUCAGCUGUCGGACAGAGAGACAGUAACCAAUCAGCUGCCGGACAGAGAGACAGUAACCAAUCAGCUGCCGGACAGAGAGACAGUAACCAAUCAGCUGCCGGACAGAGAGACAGUAACCAAUCAGCUGCCGGACAGAGACACAGUAACCAAUCAGCUGCCGGACAGAGAGAGUGCAGCUGAUUCAUUGAAACUUGAAACUAACUUCAACAUGUUCAAUUCAGAUUAAAUAAAGGUGUUCAGAUUAAAUAAA